AUGCUUGUCGUUCUCCCCCGAUUCCACCUCAUCGAAAUUGAGGAUUAUCCUUGGUGCCCAGAAUGGCUUCGUGAAUACGCGCAUCGCUCACUUGCCGCGGUCUGGCGCACGGUAGGCCUCAACCGCACCACUUCCACCGCUGCACAGGUUUGCGACGUCAUCACGGCCAAUCUGCCUGAUCACCCGAGUGAGUAUCACUUCGUCGACGCCUGCGCUGGAGCUGGGGGGCCUACUCCCAUCUUCGAGGAGAUUCUCAAUGGGCGGAUGCUCGACGAGGGCAAGCCGCCCAUUGACUUCUUGCUGACGGAUCUGUAUCCUGAUCUUGAAGCGUGGAAGGCCAUUGUGGCUAAGAGCGACCACAUCUCCUACGUAGAGAAGCCUGUGGAUGCGACCAAAGCAUCGAGAUAUGCCGCUAGGGAUAAGAAAGAGUUGCGAAUCUUCAACAUGUGCUUCCAUCACUUUGAUGACGACGGUGCCCGCAAGGUGAUCCGAAGCUGCAUUGAAGAAUCCGACUCAUUCAUGAUUUUCGAAGUGACCCACCGAACUCCAUCAUCCUUGAUCAACACCACGUUCAUCAUUCUGUCCCCAUUCAUCACCACAUUGACAUGGUGGUGGUGGUCUCCCAUGCACCUGAUUUUCACCUACAUCAUCCCUGUGGUUCCUCUCUUCUUCUUCAUCAACGGUUAUGUGUCGUGCUUGCGUGCACGCACUCCAGGGGAGAUGUUCAAGCUCAUGGAGAAGGAGGGCAUCGACACGACAGGGUGGAAGUUUACCGACGGCGAGACUACAGUCCUGCCUCCAUUUGGCAAGAUUUACCAUUUCAUUGGUACCAAGGAGUGA